AUGGCCAUAUAUUCUCCCUACAGCCGAAUUCUUAUUGUCACCUUCGUUAUCCUUUCUUCUUCCUUCCUUUCUGUUUCUCAUGGAAGAAGGCCGGUUCCUCCACAUAUUAACCCUAACUUUCGAGUUAAAGCUGUGAAUCUUGGUGGAUGGCUGGUUACAGAAGGCUGGAUCAAACCCUCCCUUUUCGACGGCAUUCCUAACAAGGAUCUCUUGGAUGGGACGGGAUUGCAGUUUAAAUCCGUUAAGGUUGGAAAAUAUCUAUCAGCAGAAAGUGGUGGAGGUACCAUCAUAGUUGCCAAUAGAACAAACGCAUCCAGUUGGGAAACAUUCAAAUUAUGGAGGAACAGUGAGACAAUCUUUAAUUUCCGAGUAUUUAACAAACAAUUUGUGGGAAUUGACAAGACCGCCGGCGGCAAUGGUGGUACAACUUUAGUGGCCACUGAAACAAAUCCCGGCUCGUCGGAGACUUUUGAGAUCGUCAGAAAAUCCGAUGAUCUUAAUCGUGUUCGUAUCAGGGCACCAAAUGGGUAUUUUCUGCAGGUUAAGACAGAGGAGUUGGUUAGUGCUGAUUUUCAAGGGAAUAGUACAUGGGGAGAUGAUGAUCCCUCAGUUUUCUUGAUCGAAUUCAAUGGCAGAUUAGAAGGUGAAUUUCAAGUCACAAAUGGAUAUGGUCCGCUCAAUGCACCCCAAGUGAUGAGAGAACAUUGGAGAACCUUCAUAAUGGAGCAAGACUUCAAAUUCAUAUCAUCAAAUGGGCUGAAUACAGUGAGAAUUCCAGUUGGAUGGUGGACUGCUUAUCCAACUCCUCCUAAGCCUUUUGUUGCUGGAUCUUUACAAACAUUGGAUAAUGCAUUCUUCUGGGCCGAGAAGUAUAACCUUAAGGUUAUAAUUGAUCUACAUUGUGCACCCGGUUCACAGAAUGGCUGGGAACAUAGCGGCAGUAGAGAUGGUUCCCAAGAAUGGGGUCAAACCAGUGAAAACAUUCAACAAACAGUAGAUGUAAUUGACUUCUUAGCAGCGAGAUAUGCAAAAAGAUCGAGUCUUCUAGCAAUUGAGCUGAUCAAUGAGCCUUUAUCACCUGGAGUUUCACUGGAGAAUGUGACCAAUUAUUACAAAGCUGGUUAUGAUGCAGUUCGGAAACACACUUCUAAUGCUUAUGUGAUUCUAUCCAACCGAUUAGGCCCUUCUAAACCCACAGAACUCUUGCCUCUUGCCGGAGGAAUGUUCAAAUCAGCCAUUGAUGUUCAUUACUACAGCCUUUUCGACAGUGUUCUCAGUUCAUACACAGUCCAACAAAACGUUGACUAUAUCAAAACUAACCGAUCUGCUCAAUUGUCCCAAAUCUCCACAUCAAACGGGCCUCUCACUUUCGUUGGUGAAUGGGUAGCGGAAUGGCAAGUUAAGGGAGCAUCAAAAGAGGAUUACCAAAAGUUUGGAGCUGCACAAUUGGAAGUGGUUCCUCCAUAUAUUAACCCUAACUUUCAAGUUCGAGCUGUGAAUCUUGGUGGAUGGCUGCAGGUUACUGAAGGCUGGAUCAAACCCUCCCUUUUCGAUGGCAUUCCUAACAAGGAUCUCCUGGAUGGGACCGAAUUGCAUUUAAACUCAGUGAAGGUCGGAAAGUACCUUUCAGUUGAAAAUGGAGGUGGUGCCAAAGCAGUUGCCAACAGAACAACUGCAUCCAGUUGGGAAACAUUUAGACCGUGGAGGAUCAAUGAGACCAAUUUUAACUUCCGAGUAUUUCACAAACAAUUUAUUGGGUUAGACAAGGCUGCCGGCGGCAAGGCUAGUACGACUUUAGUGGCCACCAAAACCAAUCCCGGCUUGUCGGAAACUUUUGAGAUCGUCAGAAAACCCGGUGAUCUAAAUCGCGUUCGAAUCAAGGCACCUAACGGACAUUUUUUGCAGGUUAACACAGAGAAAUUGAUUAGUGCUGAUUUUGAAGGAGACAGUAAAUGGGCAGAUGAUGAUCCCUCAGUUUUCUUGAUUGAAGUAAAAGGCAGUCCACAAGGUGAAUUACAAGUUACUAAUGGGUAUGGUCCACUCAAAUUAAGCUCCACAAGUAAUGAGAAUAUGCAAAAACGCUCAAGCCUUCUAGCAAUUCAGCUGCUGAAUGAGCCACUGGCACCAAUAGUUUCUUUUCAGAAUAUAACCAAGUAUCACAAGGCCGGUUAUGAGGCGGUUCGUAAGCACACUUCAACUGCUUACGUCAUUCUAUCCGCCGGGCUCGGCUCCAAUGCCAGCGAGCUCUUCCCUCUUGCCGUCUUCUUCUUCUUCUCUGCGUUGUCCGGAACAACCGUAUAUAGCCAAGAUGUACCGUUCAAAGCAGCAAAUUUGGGUGGUUGGCUGGUGGUUGAAGGCUGGAUGACUCCUUCUCUCUUUGAUCUUGAUGGCGUUCUCAACAAAGAUCUUCUGGAUGGAACUCAGGUGCAACUUAAAUCCACAAUGCUCAACAAGUUUCUUGCUGCUGAAAAUGGCGGCGGGACGAAUCUUGUUGCUAAUCGUGAUACUGCAUCCGGCUGGGAAACUUUUACGUUAUGGAGGAUUGAUGAGAAUACUUUCAACCUUAGAGUGUUCAAUAAGCAGUUUGUCGGAAUAGAUGAUCAAAGUGGAUCAGAGAAUGUAGUAGCAACUGUAUCAUCUCCUCGAAGUUCUGAAACAUUUCAAAUUGAGAGAAAUCCAGAUGAUCAAUUCAAAGUACGGAUCAAAGCUCCAAAUGGGCUCUUUCUGCAGGCUCCAGAUGAAAACACAGUCGUAGCUACUUAUGGAGACACUUCAGAUUGGGGAGAUCAGAAUCCAUCUGUUUUCCAAAUGAAUAUUGUCAGGCAAAUAACUGGUGAAUACCAAUUAACAAACGCAUAUGGACCAGUGAGAGCUUCCCAAGUUUUGCAGAGUCAUUGGAAUACCUACAUCACUGAAGAUGAUUUCAAGUUUAUGUCUGAUAACGGGCUAACUGCUGUCAGAAUUCCAGUUGGAUGGUGGAUUAGAUAUGAUCAAUCACCACCUUUACCAUUUGUUGGAGGAUCUUUGCAAGCAUUAGAUAAUGCUUUCGAUUGGGCAGAGAAAUACGGUAUGAAGGUGAUAGUAGAUCUUCAUGCAGUUCCAGGAUCACAAAAUCCUGAUGCACACAGUGGAACGAGAGACGGAAAUCCAGAAUGGGGUGAUUCUAAAAUACCAGAAACUGUGCAAGUCAUAGACUUCCUAGCCCAAAGGUAUUCUCAACGUUCAAGUCUAGGAGCAAUCGAACUAAUGAAUGAGCCAAGAGAACCAUACGUGCAAUUUGCUACAUUGAGCAAUUAUUACCAAUUAGGCUAUGAUGCUGUGAGGAAGUACACCAGUAACGCAUAUGUGAUCUUAUCCAAGAGAUUGGGAAAUGCCAACAGUACAGAGUUUCUUCCGAUCGCCGGGAACAUGGAUCGAUCGGUCAUUGACGUGCAUUAUUACAACCUCUUUUCAGACCAGUUUAACAACCUGAAUAUACAGCAAAACAUUGAUUUUGUUAGGAAUACAAGGGCUGCAGAGCUACAGGAAGUUACUCGAACCAACGGAUUUCCCCUCAGCUUUGUUGGAGAAUGGACAGCAGCAAUGGCGGGUAGUAAUUUUCAAGAUGCAGAUUAUGCGAGGUUUGCCCAAGCCCAAGUGGAAGUGUAUGGGAAAGCUACAUUUGGAUGGGCUUACUGGUCAUACAAAUGCGACACGUGUGGGAUGUGGAGUCUUAGAAGGAUGAUUGAAAGAGGUCUUAUUAAUCUCCACUGA